AGUACACAGGCGCAAUUCAUUAAUGAGACUUCUCUCCGCUUCGGACAGCCGUAGAUUUUUUUUGUGUGUGUGAGGGGGGGAGAGUUUAACAAUCGGGCUGUGGACAAUUUAAACCAGUGGCGAAUUACGAACGUCAGCAGACAUCUUGAGGAUUAACGUUCUUUUUGCAAGAGAACAGCACGGGAAAAAAUAAAACUUGGGAUCGCAGUGCUGAAAUGCUGCUUUGCGCCGUGAGUGUUCCUGAGCGUUGCCGAAAGCGAAGGAGCCGGAGCUCUAUUUCUCCAAAAAUAAAGGCACGUGCGAAAAGCGAAUAGGGAAUCGCCAGCUGCGGCAGUAAACUCACGAGAUACACGUUUUAAUUAUUUAAAGGACCGCGGUGUCGCUCCUGGGUCUGUUAGCGACCGAAAGGUUUUCAAGUAGACGUCUAGAAAACAAAACUUCCCGAAACAUUUUUUCGGAGCGCGGACGAUCUAGACAUGGAGGUUGCGGCCGAUCAGUCUCGAUGGAUGGCCCAUCAUCACGCGGUACUCAACGGCCAGCACCCGGAGUCCCAUCAUCACGGGCUUACACACAAUUACAUGGAGCCCAUGGCCCCUCUUCUGCCCCCGGACGAGGUGGAUGUGUUCUUGAAUCACUUGGACUCGCAGGGGAACCCUUACUACCCCAAUUCUCGGGCUAGAGUAUCAUACGGACAAGCGCACGCUCGUCUCACGGGAAGUCAGGUCUGCCGACCACACCUCAUACACAGUCCCGGUAUUCCUUGGCUAGACAGCGGCAAGGCAGCGCUCUCCGCCGCCCACCACAACGCCUGGGCGGUCAGUCACUUCAGCAAGCCUGGCCUGCACCCCGCCAGCGCCGGUUACCCUUGCAGCAGCAGCUCCAGCACCGCUCCCGUCUCCUCCCUCACGUCCGCGACCCACUCCAGUCCACAUCCCCUCUACAAUUUCCCCCCGACCCCACCGAAAGACGUCUCGCCGGACCCCGGCCCUUCUUCUCCGACCUCCACCACUGCAAGAAUGGACGAAAAGGAGUCCAUCAAGUACCAAGUGUCCAUCGCUGACGGGAUGAAAAUGGAGGGAUGUAGCCCUCUUCGGGGAAGCCUGGCUAUGAGCGCCCAAACACCGUCCACGCACCAUCCCAUCCCAACCUACCCGACGUACUCCCUCCCCGCGCCACACGAGUACGGCGGCGGUCUGUUUCAUCCUGGUACCCUCCUCAGCGGAUCCGCUUCAAGCUUCACACCUAAAUGCAAAAGCAAGACGCGGUCGUGCUCAGGUGAGUUUCAUUAGCUCUGACCCGACCACGAAGUGUAGCAAGAAAAGCACGUUUUAGAGAAUGCCAAGGAAGUUAUACUUAUAAAAGACAGUUAAACGUGGUCAAAUACAAGGCGUCCUGAAAAA